CCCGCGUGUGCGUCGGCUGAGGGGCGGCCGCGGGUGCGGGUCUCGGCGGCGGCCUGCCGGCUAACAGCAGCCGGCGCCGCGGCGUCCUCCUUCUCCCCGGUUCCCUUCUCCUGCAGAGGCCAAGCUGCGGGCGGCGAUCGGGGCACUGCAAUGGAGAGCACGGUGUCUGUCACGUUCCUCGUAUCGUUUUUCAUACUGUUGUGUGAAAGUUAUCAUCGUGGAGUGGAGACAACUACUGUUGUGCAGACACUGGAGAGAACUUUUCCAGAAAAGGCAGCUGGCAUUAAUGAUGACUUGGCAGGAUUGAGACAGAAGCAUCACCUUCAAGAACUUUUUAAUCGUUAUGGAGAAAACAACUCUCUGACAAUUGAAGGAUUUAGAAAACUGAUCCAGAACAUAGGGAUAGAUAAAAUGAAAAGAAUUAAAAUAGAUCAUAACCACGAUCGUGACCAUGAUCAUCAUCUUCAUCAUAACCACGUUUCCUUGAAUAAAAACUCUGAGAAAACUGUUUGUCCAAACCACGAAUCUGAUGCUAACAAAGACCCCAGGAACAAUCAUUCAAAGGAGCCUCAUAAAGCAGAGAAUGCAGACCAUCAGCACAACUUUGUCCACAGUAAGAACACCGUUAAUGAAAUCACUGGGUCAAUCAACACUACUCCCACAGACGGCAGUUCUGAACUGCAGAAUUUGGAACCUGCAGAAGGCAAGUCUGUUGCUCACGUAGGCCUGGCUGGCUCUAACACCAUUAAUAUCACAAAUGGAAGCAGUACGAGUUGGCUUGCAAACAUCAAGUCAAAUGAAUCUCAUGUUUCUCUGAAGGAAUUGGAAAAAGGAAGUUACCUGUAUUCCAAACUUAAAAACCCAAACACCCAAGAGUGCUCCAGUGCAUCAAAGCUGAUGCAGUCCCAUGGAAUAAGCACUGAAGUAUUGUUGUCUGCCACAGAAUUUAGCUAUCUCUGCCCAGCUCUUAUUAAUCAGAUUGAUGGGAAAUACUGCAUAGUCCAUGCGAGUAGCGAAAAAGCUGAAGCUCCUCCAAAAGGUUAUUCUCUUCAAAUAGCUUGGAUUGGUGGCUUUAUAUCCAUCUCAGUCAUCAGUUUCCUUUCUUUAUUGGGGGUUAUACUGGUACCUUUGAUGAAUCGUGUGUUUUUCAAAUUUCUUCUAAGUUUUCUUGUGGCAUUGGCUGUGGGGACUUUAAGCGGGGAUGCCUUCUUACAUCUCCUUCCACAUUCUCAUGGAAACCACCACCAUCACCACGAAAAGGCUCCGCUUGAACAGAACAAAGGUCCUCUGUUCAAGCAUCUUGUUUUUCAAAGUACAGAAGAGAGUGCUUACCUGGAUUCUACAUGGAAGGGACUUACAGCACUGGGAGGCUUGUAUUUUAUGUUUCUAGCGGAGCAUUUGAUCACUUUAAUAAAGCAGUUUAAAGACAAGAAGAAAAAGAAAAAAAAUGAAGAUGAUGGAGAAAGUAAGAAGUUUUCAGCGAAUGAAGAGAAGUUAGAUACAGAUGAUCGGUCUGAGGGCUAUCUAGGGACAGACUCACAAGAUCCAUCGCCCUUCAUUUCUCAGCAGCCAGCUGUGCAAGAAGAAGAAGAAGUCAUGAUAGCUCAUUCUCAUCAAGAAGAGGCUGAUAAUGAAUAUGUAUCCAGAGGCUGUAGGAACAAAUGUCAUUCUCACUUACACGAUACUCUUGGACAGACAGAUCACCUGAGUCAUCACCACCAUGACUACCAUCACAUUCUUCAUCACCAUCAUCAUCAAAACCAUCAUCCACACAGUCACAGUCAGCGCUACUCACGUGAAGAACUGAAGGAUGCUGGAAUAGCAACUCUAGCAUGGAUGGUGAUAAUGGGAGAUGGACUGCACAAUUUCAGUGAUGGCCUAGCAAUUGGAGCAGCCUUUACUGAAGGCUUAUCAAGUGGUUUAAGCACGUCUGUGGCUGUGUUUUGCCAUGAAUUACCUCAUGAGCUAGGAGAUUUUGCCGUACUUUUAAAAGCUGGUAUGACUGUCAAGCAAGCUGUGCUUUACAAUGCCCUGUCAGCAAUGUUGGCCUACCUUGGAAUGGCAACUGGGAUACUUAUUGGUCAUUACGCAGACAAUGUCUCCAUGUGGAUAUUUGCACUUACUGCUGGCUUAUUCAUGUAUGUGGCGCUUGUGGAUAUGGUGCCUGAAAUGCUCCACAAUGAUGCUAGUGAUCAUGGAUGUAGCCGCUGGGGGUACUUCCUGUUACAGAAUGCUGGAAUUCUCUUGGGUUUUGGGAUAAUGCUGCUCAUCUCAGUGUUUGAACAUAAAAUUGUAUUCAGCAUAAACCUGUAAUUUUGCCGGGGUAGAGAUUGGUGUUAAGUUAUAACUGUAGUAGUUUUUUUUAUUAUUCCAUAACAGAGGGGUACGCUUGGUGUAGUCUUGGUAUUUCUAUUGGUGUGUUUUGUUGUUGUCCUUGGGUCUUUCACUCUCCAACCCUUUUCUCUCCUAUAGCAAUGAGAACUGUAAGGAUUUUCACUCGGAAUGUAAUAUUGCAUACGGUACCAUGACAAGACAAACUCAGUAAGUCAUAGUGAGUGCCAAAUCUAUUAAUGCAGUGUCACCUGUGGUGGGGGCCAAGGUGUUUUCAUGAAUUUAUUUACUGUAUGUAAAUAUAUGCAACAGUGGCUUUUUUUUACUUCAUGUUUUUGUUGGUAUAAACAAAUAAAAUGUCAGUGGUUCUUAUUCUGGCACAAUCAAAACCAGUGAACAGAGAGCACAGUGAGCAGUGUAAAGCAACAAAGACAUGCAGUAGGGUAGUGUGGAUUUAUACUGGUAGAAACUGCUUUUGUCCACCUUGUUUACGGGGGGUGGCAGAUGAGCUCACUCCAUCCUCUUGGUGGUUCUUCUCCUUGUGGAUUCUGUUUCUUAAUCCAGUUGGUUUCUACUGCAAAUGAUUUCAUGUGAAAUUGUUUGAUUGAAGUGUUUGUGGCAAGUAUGUUUCACCUGUUUCUUCCUCACUGAUAGGAGUUACUCUUCACUGAUUCCUCAAAUUGGCAACAACAGUAUGGCUAUUACAUUGUAAAAGUGUUACUGUAGCUGUAGUAUACUUGAAUCCCGUUAAAGAGACUUUUAAAGUAGUGUUCUAUCACAUCUACACUGCCUGAAAUGGUGAAGUUAUAUCACAGGUUUUGAUGGGGAGUAGUGUUAGUAGUCCUUUGCUACAACAGCCUUCUUGAUUUGUUUUGGGAAAUGGGAUGACUGGCAGAGUUGAAUUCAUCUAGUUCUGCAUAAUAACAUAAGAUAAACCUGUGCUUGUAGAACAAUUACAUCCUUUCAGCUAAAGCUGGAAGAUCCAAAGAGCAAGCUUUCUGACCGUGUAUAAGAAGCAGAAUAUGAAGAAUAACCCAUAAAUACAUGAGUGUUGGUUUGAGCUUACCAUCUAUGGUCUUAAUAUCUCAACCACUCUGAAAGUGUCUGUAGGAAGGAAAGAUGUAAAGGCCAAUUGUAAAAAAAAUAAAUAAAUAAAAAAAAAAUCUGCAUUUAUGACGUUGCAGAAUUGGCAGGAAAUGUGAGUAUUACAUUGUGUGCCUCAGCUUUUACAUAAUAAGAUACACUAUCUUAACUCGCUUACUUAAAACCAGAAAUAAUCAAUUACAGUUUUUCUCUGAUUCAACUUUACCACUUCUUUAAAUCUUCAGCUGAGUAAAAAAAAAACUUGAACGAAGAGGAAGUAUUUGAUGAUCCCAUGUCUGACAAGUUAAAGCAUUCUGGCAUAUGGUGGUCUGUCAUUAAAAUGAAAGCCAAAACUGUCACAUCAAAAAUGGGUGUUUGGAAUGAAUUGAAAGGUUUGUUUUUUGUUGUUUGCUUCUUUCUUUCUUUCACUGGUUGAGAAACAAUGUCUGCAGGCAGUGGGCUGUUACCUCUUUUAUACCUCUCUUCAAUUCUUUACUCAGGUUAACCGGGCAGAUUUAUUUAAACUCCUUUCCACAGUGAUGAAAUACUGUUCUAUCAAUGUUUCUCAAGCAAGCCAAAAUAAUCAGCAUAGCUCUAUUAAGGUUUUGAUGCCAGUGCCAGAGCUCAUACUGAAGGAUUAAAUAAGAACAGAUUUUUUUCAGACUUGUGUGGUGAAUACUUACCUUUUUUUUUUUUUUUUAACAACUCUGAAAUAAGCAACGGCUUGAACUUCAUUUCUGUUCUUUUUUAAAAGGUCAGGUAUCAGUCACUCCAUAAUAGUGGAAAAUCACAGAAGGAAAAUUAGUGUGCUCAGUAAAAUAUUUACAACAUCUGAAUUGGGAACAGAAGAAAAAGGAGCAAAUCAAAGUCACUUUUCCUAUUCUGCAAGAGAUUACAUAUCUAGAAGUUGGGAGAACUGUGCUGAUGAUUCCCUUGCAACUUUUUCCUUUUGAAAGCAGAGUGAACAGAGCUUGUUAUCAUUCUCCAUAUUGCCUGAUCUGGGAGGACCUCAGCCUCAAAGGAAACACUUGUUUCUUAAAUCUUCCUGUAGUCAGCAUUUGGCCAGUGUCUUUGGAACAGGAUUUGUCUUGUUUCCUUUGAAGUCAGGAGGCAAAGGAAGGAUAAUGCAUCCUAAGGGGAGCACUAAGGUGUGCUGGAGCCUUCUCUGACUCCAACAAAUCUGCACAUUAUGAAACUGAGCAGUUGUUAGGAGAGAAGGACAGGCUUCUCUCUUAGAGCGCUCAUUUCAUCUAUAACAAGAGUACUGACAAAAUACAGGUGCAUCCUUUCCUUUCAUCAAGUGCUUUACCUUUUUUUUUUCUUUUUUUUCCUUUAUUCUACACUUCUGCCUUUUGAUGAACCCUCUGUACUUCCUUCAGAAGCUCACCUCUGAGCAAACAGCACAAGAAGGCUGCCAGGAGUCCUGCAGUCUGUGGUGCAGAGAAACCAUACUGUGGUACAACAGCCAUCUGCUACAUUUUUUGUAGCAUCUCCUUGAUCUGCCAUUCUUUGCUUCCUCUCUUUGCUGGUUCUCACAGCAGUCUUAUUCUUGCGUUCCCAAGACUGAAUUAGGAAGGUUACACGUAUCCCACCUGUUGCUUUCCUUUCUUCCCUGCUUAUAAACUGUUAGCUCACUUGAACUUGCUCUGAAGAGAAAGUAACUCCAAUUUCUUUCAAACAAUUCUAAAUUCUUGUGGCAUAUUUGCCCUUACCUCUGUUAGGACCAUUUCCAAACUGUCAUAGCUAAAGCUGUGCCUACAGCCCCACAACUGAUCUUUCUCUUUUCUUUGCUACCCCAAGUGUUUGAAUGUCAUCAUCUUUGACUCCUACGAAGCUAGGAUAAACAAACACGUCUAAAAGAACACUCCCAUCCCCUCACACCCCCAUAUCAAAACUGAAGCUUCCAUGCCUUGACCAGUUGGUGCCUUUUCUGCUGACCUUGAACCUGAGUGGUCCCAGUCAAUCCGGAUCUUAGAACAUGGCCACUCUUCUUCCUCUGGAAGUCUCUUCUUAGUAUUGCAGAAUUGCAGUAUCUGACUUUGGUUGUGCCCUGUCUAAGCAGGUCUUGCCUUUCCUGGGGCAAUGGCACCAGUUAUUGUCAGAGCUGAUGUGCUCCAGUUCUGGCUCCUGCAUUGCUUUUCAUGAGCAAGAUGUGUUCUCAGGCAGAACACUCAGCAAGUCUUCUCUCGCCUUUCCCUCUGAGCUUCUCAGAGCUCUGUUGCAUGCAUAAAUACUGGAACCUCCUGGGUGAGUGCUGUAGAAUUUGGGCACUAUGGUUGUCUUUUGCCUUCUGCCCUGCACCCUCAGCUAUCAGAGAAAUUGGACAUGCUCACUUCCUUAGUUGUGAGCUAUUUCAGAUGUGGGUGGCUCCUGACUCAGUUUGCUUUGAAUUUUUGUGGUUUCUGUUGGCCUACAUCCUUAAUUGUUGAAGUCAGAAGAACUUCUCUUGUCUAUGUGGUAGAUGGGAGAUAGGAAGCAGGCACAUGGCUGAGUGUCCCCUAUGAGAUGUUUAGAUUGGUGACUAAACAGCUAUAAAUCCACAGCUUCCGGGCUGUGUUUCCUGUGAGUCGUUGGCUGGCUUGCAAUGAGAGAAACUGACAUGAAAAUAUCUGUGGAUCAAAAUAAGUUACUAAUAAACCAACGUGAAAAAUGAACCUGCCUGCAGUACGCGUGGGAAGGAGGAUGAGAUGAGCUGGUGGUGAGCACUUGGGUUGGCUUGGUGCUCCAGCACAUUUGUCUCUGGUGGGGUGGUACCAGUGACUGCAAAGCACUAUUUGAGGAAACCGAAGAUGGUCUGAAAUGUGCUGUUUGUAGCAGUAAAGUGACAAAGCUGGCCCACAUUUUCAUUGUCAGCCUUUAGCAGAAGCAAAGGUUCUACUUCUUAAAGGUACUUGCAGUGAAAGUUCUCAUGCUUUGACACAGGGAUAGAGCAGAAUCUCUAAGCUGCCUUUUAUUUUUAUGCAUUGAUAUUUCUGAGGAGCUUGUGGUAAUGUGCCUGCCUGCUGUGUCUGAUAAAUGGGAGCACCUUUUUUUGUGUGUCCUUGUUAACUACGGUACAGAGCUGAGUGUUGAAUGCAGCUGUAUCCACCUUCUGUAGUGCCUGCACUGGCCUUGGGCAAACAGAGCAAGGAAGGGUGGAUUCUAAGUAAGUGAUUUUCACUGUGCCACAUUCUUCUGAAGCUUUUGCCUUGUGUGUGUAUGUAGCAUCCGUCAUGUGCUGUCCUUGCAGCAAGAGUGCCACUGCACAUAUGCCAGUCCUUGCCUGAGUUCUUGGCCUGCAUGGGUCAAGCAGCGUGGCUGUUCUGUAUUCAUGGGGGAUCUUGUGCAGGAGCACAAUGAACUGUAUUUGUUUUAAAAGUAUUCAAGGCUACAAGGUCUAAAUCCAAGUGGCUCUUCUGCUGCAUGAAUUCAGGGUCAAGCGUAAUUACAACUUCUGUGGAAAACUAGUUUGUUCUGUUUGCCACAAAUAGAAGCAGAAACCAUGUUUUCAUGCAAUUGUUCUUACUUUGAAAUGUGGUCUUGGUAAACUUAAACAACUGUUAUAGCUGCCAUUGUAUUGCUGCGUGCUUGAUGGAAUAAACCACUGAACAAAG